UCCCUUAUCCAUUGACCCAUUUGAAGAAAAUAUCUAAUUCUAAUUUGCACUAAGUCACAGUGACAUGUUCAUCUUCACAUUGCUAUAGUUCCUUCCAUGGCAGCUCUCACCGUUGGUCACUGUUGCUGUAGGAAAAGGGCACCUAGUCAUGAACUCACAAACAGAAACAACCCCAGGAUUUUUAUUCUAUUAUCCUGCCAGAGUAGAAGACCCAUCAAUGAUUCCAAUCCUGAAGAGAAGAAAGACAUGGGAGGAGGAAAGCUAAACUUGUUGAAAUUGAAACUGUUAAAUGGUUUUGAGAAGCUUGGGAAGAGGUCUAAGCAGAAUUUGAGUUCACAGCAAAAGGGUGAUUGGAAAGACUUGUUGCUAAUGAGUAUAUCAUUUGCAGUUUAUGUGUACAUAUCCCAGAAGCUAGUAUGUGCUUAUUGUGCUUGGACUUCUAUGCACAAACAUCUGUGGUAGUUACUAGCUACUUCUUAUCUGCACUGCUCUUUCAUUUUGUAGAAAAUAUAUAAGAUGUAAGAAGAACUGGCCUUUUAUUUUGCACAAGAGAUUGUAAGAUGUAUUUUAUAUUUGGAAAAUGAUCAUGUGUACAGAAAGAUUGUUGUUGAAGUUUUAUGAAUAUGAAUGGCAUG